CUUCCUGCCCGCCGCGGCCCCGCGCUGCCCUCGCUGUCUUCUCCGCGGCCCGCUCCCAGCGUGGCUGCCCACUCGCUCGCCCCGGGAGGCCGGGCUGCCAGCGCUCCCCAGGACCCGCCGGCCCAGGCGCCAACGCGUGGGGACGCCGCGGUGCCGGCGACGGCCCGGCCGCAGACCCGCCCACCGGCGCGGGCGCAGGGAGGCGCCGCCGCGGUUCCCACGGCAACCGGCCAACAGGUCGCGCCCAGGGUCGCCAUGUGCGCCGCGGAGGUGGACGCUCACGUAGCCCAGAGGUUCCUGCUCAAGCGGCGGCUCGGGAAGGGGGCCUAUGGCAUUGUGUGGAAGGCAGUGGACCGGAGGACUGGUGAGGUAGUGGCCAUCAAGAAAAUCCUCGAUGCCUUUAGGGAUAAGACAGAUGCCCAGAGAACAUUCCGGGAAAUCAUGCUCCUCCAGGAGUUUGGGGACCAUCCCAACAUCAUCCGCCUCCUCGAUGUGAUCCGGGCAGAGAACGACAGGGACAUUUACUUGGUCUUUGAGUUUAUGGACACUGACCUGAACGCUGUCAUCCGGAAGGGCAGCCGGCUGGGGGACGCCCACAAGCGCUUCAUCUUCUACCAGCUCCUCCAGGCCACCAGGUUCAUCCACUCGGGCCAUGUGAUCCACCGGGAUCAGAAGCCGUCCAACGUGCUGCUGGACGCCAACUGCUUGGUGAAACUCUGCGACUUUGGCCUGGCCCGAUCUCUGAGCAGCCUCUCCGAGGGGCCCCAGGGCCAGGCCCUAACGGAGUACGUGGCCACGCGCUGGUAUCGUGCUCCAGAGGUGCUGCUGUCCUCACCCUGGUACACCCCUGGGGUGGACAUGUGGAGCCUGGGCUGCAUCCUGGGAGAGAUGCUGAGAGGGCAGCCCCUGUUCCCGGGCACAUCCACUCUCCAUCAGCUGGAGCUGAUCCUGGAGACCAUCCCGCGGCCGUCUGAGGAGGACCUCCAGUCUCUCGGCUCAGGCUACAGUGCCGUGAUUCUGCACCACCUGGGAUCCUGGCCACAGCAGACACUGGAUGCCCUCCUGCCACCGGACACCCCCCCAGAUGCCCUGGACCUCCUCAGGAGACUCCUGGUGUUUGCCCCCAACAAGCGGCUCAGUGCAGCCCAGGCCCUGCAGCACCCCUAUGUGCAGAGGUUCCACUGCCCCAGCCAUGACUGGACGCGAGACGUGCAGGUGCAGCUCCCGGUGCUGGAAGACCAGCUGUCUGCACCCGAGUAUCGCAGUCUCCUCUACCAGAUGAUCCUGGAGAGAAGGGGCAGCAGUCAUCAGCCAAGAGAUGUGGACUUGGGGAGCCCUGCCUCGGGGCCAGAGUCCAGGGCCUCCCGGGCUCGGGGGCACCUGCUUGUUCCCAGAGCUGUCCUCCAGCUCAGCUCCCGGACCCCUGUGAGGAACCCUGGUCCCAGGCCUCGGACUAGCCCUGACUGUGACCCCAAGCAUGAAGCCUCUGGUGCAGCCAGGGAUAUUCCUAGACAGAGCUUGGCACCCCAGCUCCAACCUCUGCCCCCAGGAAGGGGGGAAAGGCCCCCUGGGACUAAGGCAGAGCCCCCCUGUGCACCUCCAGGGGUCAACCCUGGCUUGAGAGGCAUGGCACCCUCCCUGACUUUGCAGGCUGCAGCCCAGGCCACAAACCAGAUCCUGAUCCGCAGUGACCGGGCCAGGAACAGUGGGCCGAGGGCAGCAGGUGGGAGACAGGUCUCACCCCGGCUUGCCCGGGAGGUUCCAGAGCCCCGGCCAGGCCGCAGGAUGUUUGGCACCUUGGCCUUGCAAGGGGCCCAGGGUGCUGCCAGGGCUGCUCUUGGGGGCUACUCUCAGGCCUACGGGACAGUGCGCCGGUCUGCGCUGGGCCGCCUGCCCUUGCUCCCUGGACCCCAUGCAUGAGCACAUGACUGGCCACACCCCUGGCCACCCUGCCACAACAGUGCUCCACCUCCUCCCUUUGCUGGGAGCUUCUCUUGGCCUCUCGGGGGGUGGGGGGCAGCUCCCCCAACCCGUGACUUCCUUGAAUAAAGUCAUGCUGUGCC